AAGCAUCAAGCCAUGCUGACGCAAACACGGCUUCCACGUCUCACUCUGCAAGUCCACCACCCCCGCUGGCCUAUAUAUACAUGGAUCUCGAUCUCCUCACUCCCAGCAGACCACCACUGACCUCAACAUCACACUCACAGAACCACCAUUGCCAGCUGAGGGUAGAAUAGAUGGACCAGACCGGCAAGGGAUACGUGACCAUGACGUCGGUGCCGCCGAAGCGGCCGGCAGGGCGGACCAAGACGCUGCACCCGGUGUACCGCGGCGUGCGGCGCCGCGCGGGGCGGUGGGUGAGCGAGGUGCGCGAGCCCAACAAGAAGUCGCGCAUCUGGCUCGGCACCUUCGCCACCCCGGAGGCCGCCGCGCGCGCCCAUGACGUGGCCGCCCUCGCCCUGCGCGGCCGCGGUGCCUGCGUCAACUUCGCUGACUCCGCGUCCCUCCUCGUGGUCGACCCGGCCACGCUCUGCACGCCCGAGGACAUCCGCACCGCCGCCAUCGCGCUCGCCGAGGCUGCGUGCCCCGCCGCGGCCCAGGCGUCCGCGUCCGCGCCCGCCCCGGCGACGAUGACGAUGCAGGAUGCCGCGGCGGUGCCGUAUGACGACGACUACGGCUUGCAGUACGUUGACAUGGACCUGCAUUCCUACUACUACGAUGGGAUGGGUGCCGGCGGAGGCUGGAGUAUGAACGGAGACGAUGACGAUGACGACGACGGCGCCGGAGACAUUACGCUGUGGAGCUACUGAUUGAGUUGUCUCGAUCGAUUCGCUUGCCCUUGGUGCUGCUGUGCGACGUACGCGCGUACGAUGGAGAAGACGAGACAGAGUUGGUAGGCAAG